AUGCAAAAUAACAUCGUUUGUCUUGGAUACGGAAUCGGAUCCGUCAACCAUCCAGCAAAAUCAUUAAUGAUUCAAAUUCUCCCGGUUCCAUCGUUUUGUUCUCCAUCGGUAGUUAUUUUGAUCAAAGUUCAAUGGUUGCCAACCUUAUCCUCGUCCCAUGGACAGCUGGUAAAACAAUUACGUGAUGCUAUUUUCCAACAACAGCACGAGUUCAUUGCGUGGGGUUGGAUUGAUGAUGAAUUAGAGAAAUUUCGACAAUUUAAUUUAUUUAAAAUGUCCAAUCUCGUGUAUGUCCGAAAUAUGCAAAAAGAAUUUCGACCGUAUUAUAAUCAUACUCAUCCGCAUGCACCAGAUUGUCCUGUUUUGGAGUAA